GACUGCACAAACACUUCCUUCUCUUUCCAUCUCUCUCACUCUCUCUUUCUUUCUCAUUCAUGUGAGUAAUAUCACUAUUGAACAUUAAGUUCUUCUCCCCAAUUUGCUCUUUUCCUAAUCAUUUAAUUUAUAUUUUCAUGCUUGUUUCUCUCUAUACCACCAUUGUUUUCAUUUUACACACAAAAUAUUUCUUUUUCCCCUCACCUGAGAACCACUUGCAGACGUUGACAUUUCCGUGCAGUGCCAUGCAAAUAAACUGAUAUACAUAAUCAAAAAGGAAUAGCUAACUACAAGACCACAUUGAAGGAUAUGAUAAAUAUGGUGGAAUCCAAUAAAAUAAUGGCUGAUAUGAUUCAGCCUCCAAGCAUGGACACGGACCCACCUUUCCAUGAGAUCUACAAAACUCUUCUGGACAAAACCAUUCAAGAAUCAAAAACAAAGACUGCAACUACCGAUAACGAGCUUGAUAUAAUUGAGGAAUGUGAGCUUCCCUUGAUCGAUCUCAGUCGUCUGAGCUUAUUGGAUGAGCUAGAGAAAGAGAAAUGCAAAGAAGAGAUAGCUAGGGCUUCGCAAGAGUGGGGAUUCUUUCAGGUGGUGAAUCAUGGGAUUUCACGUGAGAUUUUGGAGAACAUGAGAAGAGAACAAGUGAAGCUUUUUAAACAACCGUUUGAUAAAAAGAGCAAAGAAGAUAAGUUUUUGAAUUUCUCUUCUGGAACAUACCGUUGGGGGACGCCAACAGCUACUUGCCUCAGUCAAUUAUCAUGGUCUGAAGCUUUUCACAUUCCCAUGACUGAUAUAUCAGCUUCAGAUGGUUUUACUACUUUCAGUUCAACGAUGGAACAAUUCGCUAUAACAGUAGCAAAUCUAGCACAAAAAUUGGCUGAAAUUUUGGCAGAGAAAUUGGGUUGCAAGUCCACUUUCUUCAAAGAAAAUUGUGUGCCAAGCACUUGCUAUCUUCGACUCAACCGAUAUCCGACAUGUCCAAUCCCUGGACAGGUACUUGGUCUGAUGUCACAUACUGACAGCGACUUCCUCACAAUUCUCCAUCAAGAUCAAGUUGGAGGAUUGCAACUAGUCAAAGAUGGGAAAUGGAUAGCCGUUAAACCUAAUCCUGAAGCUCUAAUAAUAAACAUCGGAGACUUGUUUCAGGCUUGGAGCAAUGAUGUUUACAAAAGCGUCCAGCAUCGCGUUGUGACUAAUCCGCUAGUAGAAAGAUUUUCAACCGCAUAUUUCUUCUGCCCUUCAUAUGAUACAGAAAUAAAAAGUGGGUGCGAGACUUCAGUUUAUAAGAAGUUCAGCUUUAAAGAGUACAGAGAACAAGUGCAGAAAGAUGUCCAGAAAUUAGGUCGCAAGGUAGGACUCCCAAGAUUUCUUGUAUAAUACGAUCUAGUACAAGAUUUUUGCUAUAUAUGAACUAGGUUAUUACUUACGGGCUUUCUUCCUGUUCUUGUUGUUGAUCUUCUUCCCCUUCAAAUAGGAAAAAGGAUAAAAAGAAAUAGAAGGGUAUAUGUAUUCUUUGUUCAUUUGGGAAAUGAAAAUAGAAAAAGCAGCAGUUUAAUUUCUAGCUGAUUAGAUGAUA